CGUCGGUAUGUAUGGUCCAACUUUUGGAUCUGACAGGUCGGGCCGGGUCCCGACCGCAUACCCGAUCCGUUGCCACCCGGACCGCUAGAAGCACUGGUGGUUCGCCUCUGAAGAAAAAGGGUGCCAGGGUGGUUCGUCUCUUAAGAAAAAGGGCAGAAAAUGGAGCACAAAAUGAAAGGAAAAAAUGGGUGAGAAGCUGAGAGGAUUUGGAGAAGUUGUGAACGGAGGGAAAGGGAUUGAGCUCCAUAGUCUCUGCAACAAUUGAGUACUGAGAGGGGGGGGAGAAAAGGGGCAAAAAGGGAUAUAUUGUUUCAUGAACCUUCAUAUCCAUGGCAUCAGAAAAAGGAACUCCAUAUGUAUUUCAGUUGUCUCCAUUAAUGGAGUUAGGGUUUCAUUUGAUCAAUGGCCUUAGUGUUUGGGCAUCUCUCCUUUUUGCUCAGAUUAUUAAUGGCUGGACUCUCACCACCCACCCUCUGCAAACCAUCUGUAUCUUGUGGUUAUUUGAGAGCCCCAUCGUGAUAUUGGGUUUUAGUCUGCUUUCUAAAAAACUGGAGCAUUGCUCGUUGAAAUGGGCAAUCUUGCGUGGACUCUUAGGCCUCCCUGCUGGGGCUCUUGUCAAUGCUUUUGGAGCUAUCGUUUUUGGUGCGCCGGUUGGGAUUAAGUUUCUCACAAGGACUGUGAACUGGGCUCUUCUCAUGUCAUUGUUGACUGGUUCAGAUCUCCUACAUGCGAACUUGAAACCCAAAUUGGGACAAGGAUUGGAGGCCUUGAGUUGCUCUAAGCGCGAAGAUUGGGUGAUGGGCCCCAAAUUUCGGGUGGUUCCCACAGCUUCAGUUUAUGGGUCCUCAUGGAAGGAUUGGCAGCGCCUAUACGCACAUUCCAAGCCAAUCACCCCUAUUGACUAUGCAGUCUGUCUACCAGCACAUGGAGCUGUUAUUGGGGCAUGGUUUGGAGCUUGGCCCAUGCCACUAGACUGGGACAGACCUUGGCAGGUGAAAGUUAACGGGGCGUUCUUGUUGAAUAUGCAAGGAACCUUAAUACUUUUAUGUAGGGGGACAAAUGGGUACUUAAGAGAGAUUCAUGGCCUCUUAGAGAGAGUAUAGCGGUAGGGCAGAUGGAGAUUGAUCAGCGAUGUUACUUGGUUGGGAGAGCCGGUCUUGAAGGAAAGAUUGGUGAGGGUUUUGCCAAUAUUUUGGAAAGAUGUAUCUUUUGCAACCCCUUUUGUAACCCAAUACUUAUAAUCUUCAUUAAUAAUGGAUUCCGACCUGGCGAGGCUGUGGAUGUAGUCCCUUUUAGGUGAACCGCCUCAGUCUUAUAUUGUAGUGUUGUGCUCAUGCUGCUGUAUUUUUCUCUUUUAUUAUUGUACUCUCCUAUUUCGCAUUUAGCCUAUUAUGUACACGAUCUUGGGUGGGAUCCUAGUAAUUGGGUAUUUUAUUAUGCAAAAUGGGGUUCCAAAGGAUUUUAAAAUUGGUAUUAGAGCACAAGUUGUGCACACACCUAAGGUUUGUAUUUUUGGUUGAGAAAAAUACACGGGGAACUUAGAUGUAUACAUGGUUUGAGCUGUGGAGAAAUAUGGAGGCAAAAUAUUUGCGAAAGUUCCAUGCCAAGUCUUAUUUGCAAGAGGGAAGGAAUGACGAAAUCGAUCCAAUGGAGAUGUCAUCAAGGAAUACAUUUGUCAAGGUGGAGAUUGUUAGGAUUGGUGAUAGCUAAUAUCACCCCUCUUAUAUUUGCUUUGAAGAUUGGAAUUAUUAUGGACUUGGGGCAGCAGACAAGGGGGGUUUUCUUUGAGAGCAAGAAAGAAACCUAAAUGAUUUCUAUAUAAGGAUCAAUGUUAUGCUCAUCCUUUGAGGCGUCCCCAUUUUCGCAAAGAGAGAGAGAGACAUGACGUCCUAGAGAGGCAAUUUUCUCAAGGGGUUUGGAUUUGUUCAACCUUCAAUGCUGAGCAGUGAAAGUCUCUCAUUUGCUCUCAAGGUUCUAUUUUCAAUAGCUAUGGGAAAGAGGGAGGUUGAUCGACAGUAUUGUUCCGUUGGGGAAGUGGGUCUAGAAGGAAAGAGCAGAUAGGGUUUUGCUGAUGUUUAAAGGGAUAAGAUAUAUCUAUUGUAACCUGACAUUGGAACUCAUUUCUUAUGGGGUUCAACUUGCCGAGGCAGUGGAUAUUAGCCCCUACAUGGCAAAUCUCAUAAAAUUUGUGUUAUUUUGCUGUAAUUAUACUUUUGCUUUAUUUUGGCACACAUUUUAUUUAUUCACCUAUGUAGUAUUUAGCCGAACAUGGACAUAAUCUUUGGUGAGAUCUUGGUCAUAGUUGUUGGGAUCUCCAUACCUAGGAAGCGGUCCCACUUGAGAAUCUCAUCAUGUCACAUCUAGUCCCUUCACUUCAGAAAGGGGACCUUCUUUUAAAUUUUGGGAUCUCUAUCCCCACCUUAAACUGACUUUUUAUUUAUUAAUUGCUAGCUAGCAACAUAACUAUAAUUCGAAUAUAGUUGUAUUGUUGGCUAUAACAAAGAUAUCCCUACUUUAAAGAGUAUAUGUAGUCCUAGAAUAUAUAUACCCUUUAAGGUGGGAGCAAGAUCCCCACAGGUUGGGAUCGAGAUCACUGACAUAUGGGGAUCUUGAUCCAUAAAUAACAAACGCAUUGUUUGAAAGACACUUCCAACCAAUAGGGAUAUUUAGCGUUUUACGGUCCCCCACUCCUAAUCCUACUCCCGAUCCCAACAACCAUGAUCUUGAUAUUUGGGGUUCCUAAUUCCACAAGCUAGGGUUUCCUCGGGACUCUUUGUGACUACUGGGAUAGAUGUACAUAGGUGGUAUUGGAUAUCAUUGUGAAAUGUAUCUAAUAAAUGGUUUUCCACUCUGAAAUUGGAUGUCAUAACUUUUGAUUAAAUUUCAGCUAUGAUGCUCCCCACAUAAGGAGAGAGAGAGAAAAAAGAAAAAAAAAGAAGAGAAAAAAGAAGAGGGAAUGGUUAUUGUUGCUUGGAUAUGUUUUCGAAGAUUAAUGCUUGAUUUUGGUGCAUGACUUUUGGC